AGCGCGACGGCUGGACUUGCCGGCCGGCGCCUUGGGGGCGGCCGCGGUGGAGGCAGCGGCCCGAGGCCGCGUCCGUCCAUGGGCCCGCAGCGGCCGGGCGGCGGGGCGGGGCGCGAGGCGGCGCGCGCGCUCUGAGGCCGCGGCGAGCAAGCGGGGCGCGGCGUGAGCGGGGAGGCCUUUCCGGGCCUGCGGCGGCCAGCGCAAAAUGCGGCGGCGGCCGCGCUGAGUCCCGACCUCCGGGAGCGCGCUGGGCCGAAGUGGCUCGCGCCUUGGCCGCUUGGCGACAUGUCGGCGGUCAAGGAAAACCCGUGCAGGAAAUUUCAGGCCAACAUCUUCAACAAGAGCAAGUGUCAGAACUGCUUCAAGCCCCGCGAGUCGCAUCUGCUCAACGACGAGGACCUGACGCAGGCUAAACCCAUUUAUGGUGGCUGGCUGCUCCUGGCUCCAGAUGGCACUGACUUUGAUAACCCAGUGCACCGGUCUCGGAAAUGGCAGCGACGAUUCUUCAUCCUGUAUGAGCAUGGCCUUCUGCGCUACGCCCUGGAUGAGAUGCCUACCACCCUCCCUCAGGGCACCAUCAACAUGAACCAGUGCACAGAUGUGGUGGAUGGGGAGACCCGCACUGGGCAGAAGUUCUCCCUCUGCAUUCUGACGCCCGACAAGGAACAUUUUAUCAGGGCAGAGACCAAGGAGAUUAUCAGUGGGUGGCUAGAGAUGCUCAUGGUGUAUCCCAGAACCAACAAGCAGAACCAGAAGAAGAAACGGAAAGUGGAGCCACCCACCGCACAGGAGCCUGGGCCUGCUAAGAUGGCUGUCACAAGCAGCACUGGUGGUGGCAGUGGCAGCAGCAGUAGCAGCAUUCCCAGUGCCGAGAAAGUUCCUACCACCAAAUCCACACUCUGGCAGGAAGAAAUGAGAGCCAAAGACCAGCCUGAUGGGAACAGCCUGAAUCCAGCUCAGAGUCCCAGCCAAAGCCUGCCUCCUGCUGCUUGCACCCCACGGGAACCAGGGCCAGAAAGCAAAGAAGAUGAAAGCGCCAUGAGUGGGGACCGUGUGGAUAGUGGUCGGAAAGUACGGGUAGAGAGUGGCUACUUCUCCCUGGAGAAGGCCAAGCAGGACCUGAGGGCUGAGGAGCAGCUGCCUCCACCACUCUCUCCACCCAGCCCCAGCACCCCACACAGCAGGUAUGGUUGUCCUGGAUCGCCUUCACAGGAACUCAGCCACCCCCUUCACUCCUCAGGUCUUCCAGCCCCAAGUCGCAUGGUCUACAGCAUCUGCCCUGACAGCAUGGGUGAGGCCAGCAGGCCGCCCAACCACAUGGACUCCAGCAGUGCUGGGGGGUGGGGAACAGAGAUACUGGGGAGCACCUUUGCCUUUAAAGUCAGCAGGCAGUAUGCCGCCCUGGCCGACGUCCCUAAGGCCAUCCGGAUCAGCCAUCGAGAAGCCUUCCAGGUGGAGAGAAGGCGGUUGGAGCGUAGGACUCGGGCCCGGAGCCCUGGCAGGGAAGAGGUGGCCCGUCUGUUUGGCAACGAGCGGAGGAGGUCCCAGGUAAUUGAGAAAUUUGAGGCCUUGGACAUUGAAAAGGCAGAGCACAUGGAAACCAACAUGCUGAUUAUGACCACUCCAUCAAGUGACACUCGUCAGGGCCGCAGUGAGAAACGGGCCAUCCCUAGAAAGCGGGACUUUGCCAGUGAAGCCCCCACAACUCCUCUCUCAGAUGCUUGUCCCCUGUCUCCACACCGAAGAGCCAAGUCAUUGGACAGGAGGUCCACAGAAUCCUCCAUGACGCCUGACCUACUGAAUUUCAAGAAAGGCUGGCUAACCAAGCAGUAUGAGGAUGGCCAGUGGAAGAAACACUGGUUUGUCCUGGCCGAUCAGAGCCUGAGAUACUACAGGGAUUCCGUGGCUGAGGAGGCAGCUGACCUAGAUGGAGAAAUUGACUUGUCCACCUGUUAUGAUGUCACCGAGUAUCCAGUCCAGAGAAACUAUGGCUUUCAGAUUCAUACCAAGAAGGGUGAGUUCACCCUGUCAGCCAUGACAUCUGGCAUACGACGGAACUGGAUCCAGACCAUUAUGAAACAUGUGCUCCCAGCAUCUGUCCCAGAUGUGACCAGCUCAUUGCCUGAGGAAAAGAAUAAAAGCACACCUUCUUUUGAGACCUGCCCGAGGCCACAUGAGAAGCAAGAAACUGAGCCAGGAGAGCCAGAUCCUGAGCAAAAGAAGAGCCGUGCUCGAGAGCGGAGGCGGGAGGGCCGCUCCAAGACGUUUGAUUGGGCUGAAUUCCGCCCCAUUCAACAGGCCCUGGCUCAAGAAAGGGCCAACACUGUGGGGUCCUCUGAUGCUGGUGAACCUGGGCGUCUUGAAGCAGAGCCAGGUGAGCUGGAGCGUGAACGAGCCCGAAGGCGAGAAGAGCGCCGCAAGCGCUUUGGGAUGCUGGAAACCGUUGAUGGGCCAGGUAUGGAGGAUACAGCCCUACGUAUGGACAUAGACCGGAGCCCAGGGCUGCUGGGAGCCCCUGACCUCAAGACACAGAAUGUCCAUGUGGAAAUUGAGCAGCGGUGGCACCAAGUGGAGACUACCCCUCUCAGGGAGGAGAAACAGGUGCCUAUUGCCCCUCUGCAUCUAUCCUUGGAGGACAGAAGUGAACGGCUCUCCACACAUGAGCUCACCUCUCUGCUAGAGAAAGAGCUGGAGCAGAGCCAGAAAGAGGCCUCGGAUCUUCUAGAGCAGAAUCGGCUUUUGCAGGACCAGUUAAGGGUGGCCCUGGGCCGAGAGCAGAGUGCCCGGGAGGGCUAUGUGCUGCAGACUGAAGUGGCCACUUCCCCAUCGGGUGCCUGGCAGAGGCUCCAUAGAGUCAACCAAGACCUCCAAAGUGAGCUGGAAGCUCAGUGCCGGCGACAAGAGCUCAUCACCCAGCAGAUUCAGACACUGAAACAUAGCUAUGGGGAGGCCAAGGAUGCAAUCCGGCACCAUGAGGCUGAGAUUCAAACCCUGCAAGCAAGACUUGGUAAUGCAGCUGCAGAACUGGCCCUUAAGGAGCAGGCUCUAGCCAAGCUCAAGGGUGAGCUGAAGCUGGAGCAGGGCAAAGUCCGUGAGCAACUGGAGGAAUGGCAGCACAGCAAGGCCAUGCUGAGUGGCCAAUUGAGGGCCAGUGAGCAGAAACUCAAAAGUACAGAAGCCUUACUGCUAGAGAAGACACAAGAACUGAGGGACCUAGAAACGCAGCAGGCAUUGCAAAAGGACCGACAGAAGGAGGUACAGAGGCUGCAGGAAUGCAUUGCUGAGCUCAGCCAGCAGCUAGGUACCAGUGAGCAGGCCCAGCAUUUGAUGGAGAAGAAGUUGAAGAGGAACUACACAUUGUUACUGGAGAGCUGUGAGCAGGAGAAGCAGGCACUUUUGCAGAACCUCAAGGAGGUAGAGGACAAGGCUAGUGCCUAUGAGGACCAGCUACAAAGCCAUGUGCAGCAGGUGGAGGCCCUUCAGAAAGAGAAACUGAGUGAAACAAGCAAAGGCAGUGAGCAGGUGCACCAGCUAGAGGAAGAGCUAGAAGCCCGGGAGGCUAGCAUCCGCCAGUUAGCCCAGCACGUACAGAGCCUCCAUGAUGAACGGGAUCUCAUCAAGCAGCAAUUCCAAGAACUCAUGGAACGUGUGGCCACGUCUGAUGGGGAUGUGGCUGAGCUCCAAGAGAAGCUGAGAGGAAGAGAAGCUGACUACCAGAACCUAGAGCACUCACACCACAAGGUCUCUAUCCAGCUACAGAGUGUACGCACUCUGCUGAGAGAAAAGGAAGAAGAACUGAAGCACAUUAAGGAAGCACAUGAGAGAGUUCUAGAAAAGAAAGACCAAGACCUUAAUGAGGCUUUGGUUAAAAUGAUUGCCUUGGGCAGCAGCUUAGAGGAAACAGAAAUUAAGCUGCAGGAAAAGGAAGAGUGUCUAAGAAGAUUUGUAAGUGAUUCUCCAAAGGAUGCCAAAGGGCCUCAGAGUACGGCAGAGCAAACGGAGGAGGACCGUGGCAUUUUGCCCCUAGGCUCAGUCACCAGAGUAUUUCCAGGCUUUCCCCACUCACAGCCAGAGGACGAAGACCCAGGUGCUGGCCUAGGGGAAGAAUGUAACAGUGGUAGCCCCAGCAGAGAGGAGAACGUGGUACCACCAAAGUCUGCAGAUGUGCCUGACAGGGAUGGGCAUCUGCAAAGCACCUCUAAGUCUGACCAGGGAGCACCUGUAAAAAGGCCAAGAAUCCGGUUCUCCACAAUCCAGUGCCAAAGAUACAUACACCCAGAGGGUUGUGCAAAGGCCUGGACUAGCAGCACAUCAUCAGACACCAGCCAGGACCAGUCACCCUCAGAGGACAGUGUGUCCUCAGAAGCUACCCCUAGCACACUCCCUGCAGCUGCAGAUGCUGAAACCUAUAUCUCUAUAAUCCACUCCCUGGAGACAAAGCUCUAUGUCACAGAGGAGAAACUCAAAGACGUGACCGUGAGGCUGGAGAGCCAGCAGGGCCAGAGUCAGGAGGCAUUGCUUGCAUUGCACCAGCAGUGGGCUGGCACUGAGGCACAGUUGAGGGAGCAACUCCGUGCCAGCCUACUACAGGCUAGCGCACUGGCCUCUCAGCUAGAGAAAGAGAGACAGGAGAAGGCAAUAAACAUUGAACACCACUCUGGGGAGCUGGAAGACUUCCAAGCCAAAAAUAGCCAAGCCCUGACAUGCUUAGAAAACUGCUGGAAAAAGCUAAGGUCUCUGCCAUUUGCUGACCAGGAGGAGGGACAGGAUGCAUGUGCAGCCUCCCUGGCUAACAUAGAGAGUAUGCUUGUGAGUGCUAUAAAGGCCCUUCAGCCUUGGGAAUCCCCAGCAGACAGCAGGACACAGACUGAGCAAGAGACAAGGCAUCCCAUGGAAAGUGGUCUGGCAACUCAUGUUCAGGAGCCCUACCAGCCCAUAUUGAAUGAACAGGAACAUAGGAAGCUACUUUCUGCUCAGAUAGUUCUGGAGGCCUCACUCAUCAACCAAAUUGCUGACUCUCUAAAAAAUACCACUUCAGAUGUGUAUGGUGUUCUCCGUGAGCUUACUCAGUCAGGGGAGUGGCCUCUGAAGGAAGAAAGUACUGCCCUCUCUGCUGGGGCUCCAAUGGAGAUUUGGGCCAAGAAGGUACUGGUGAAUGGUGAGUUCUGGAACCAGGUCGAGUCCCUAAGUAAGCACCUAGGGACACUGGGAGAAGAAGCAGCCUGCACGUCAGGAGACAGGCAGCAGCAUAUUUCCCAAAGUCUGGCUGAUGCCACAUGGAUUCGUGCAGAGCUCAGCUAUGCCACACAAUCAUUAAGAGAAUUGUUCCACCAUAGGCUACAGAGCAUACAGGAGACCCUACAGGGGACCCAGGCAGCCCUACAGCAGCACAAGUGCAUGCUGGGAGAAAUCUUGGGAGCCUACCAAACCCCAGACUUUGAAAGAGUAAUACAGCAGAUCUUAGAAACCCUCAGGCAUCCAGCUGGCAGGGAGGACCAAGUACAAACAUCCUGGGACCAGAGCCCAUUAGGAGAGGUACUGAGGCCAGGCACAGAUGGCUCCCAAGAGCCUUUGCAGGCUUUCCAUCAGAGCCCUGAAGUCCUUGCUGCCAUUCAGGAUGAGCUGGCCCAGCAGCUGAGGGAAAAGGCUAGCAUCCUUGAGGAGAUUUCAGCUGCCUUACCAGCCCUGCCUCCCACAGAGCAACUAGGGGGUUGCCAAAGGCUUCUGCAAAUGUCACAGCAUCUCUCAUAUGAUGCUUGUCUAGAGGGCCUUGGUCAGUAUUCUUCAUUACUGGUUCAAGAUGCAAUUAUUCAGGCUCAGGUGUGUUAUGCAGCAUGCAGAAUUCGGCUGGAGUAUGAAAAGGAGCUGCGGUUUUACAAGAAGGCCUGUCAGGAGGCCACAGGGGUCUCUUGCCAGAAGCGUGCACAAGCAGUUGGAGCCCUGAAGGAGGAGUAUGAAGAACUUCUCCAGAAACAGAAGAGUGAGUACCAGAAGGUGAUCUCCCUCAUUGAAAAGGAAAACACUGAGCUCAAGGCCAAGGUGAGCCAGAUGGAUCAUCAACAGAGAUGUCUACAAGAGGCAGAAAGCAAACAUAGUGAAAACAUGUUUGCCCUGCAGGGCAGAUAUGAGGAGGAGAUCAGGUGCAUGGUGGAGCAACUGAGCCACACGGAAAAUACACUGCAGGCUGAGCGUAGCCGGGUUCUCAGCCAGCUAGACGCUUCAGUCAAAGACAGGCAGGCCAUGGAACAGCAACAUGUGCAGCAAAUGAAGAUGCUGGAGGACAGAUUCCAGCUGAAGGUCCGGGAGCUACAAGCUGUCCAUCAGGAGGAGCUCAGGGCCUUGCAGGAACACUACAUAUGGAACUUGCGGGGAGCCCUCAGCUUCUGCCAAUCCUCACACCCAGAUUCCCCACUGGCUCCCAGGCCAUCUGAACCCAGAACUGUGCCAACAGCCAAGGAUGAGGCUGAAUCGAUGACAGGGCUACGAGAACGUAUCCAGGAGUUGGAGGCCCAAAUGGACGUCAUGCGAGAGGAGCUGGGCCACAAAGAGCUGGAGGGUGAUGUGGCCACCUUGCGGGAGAAGUACCAGCGGGACUUUGAGAGCCUCAAGGCUACAUGUGAGCGAGGCUUUGCUGCCAUGGAAGAGACACACCAGAAGAAGAUUGAAGACCUACAGAGGCAACACCAGCGGGAGCUAGAGAAGCUGCGGGAGGAAAAGGACCGCCUCCUGGCUGAGGAGACAGCUGCCACCAUCUCAGCCAUUGAAGCCAUGAAGAAUGCUCACCGGGAGGAGAUGGAACGGGAGUUAGAGAAGAGUCAGCGGUCUCAGAUCAGCAGCAUCAAUUCGGACAUCGAAGCUCUGAGGCGGCAGUACCUGGAGGAGCUGCAGUCAGUGCAGAGGGAGCUGGAGGUUCUUUCGGAGCAGUACUCCCAAAAGUGCCUGGAGAAUGCACACCUGGCCCAGGCGCUGGAGGCCGAGCGGCAGGCCCUGCGGCAAUGCCAGCGUGAGAACCAGGAACUCAAUGCCCAUAACCAGGAACUAAAUAAUCGCUUGGCUGCAGAAAUCACACGGUUGAGGACACUACUGACUGGAGAUGGUGGCAGCGAGUCCACUGUGUUACCACUCACACAGGGCAAGGAUGCCUACGAGUUAGAGGUCUUGUUGCGGGUCAAAGAGUCAGAAAUACAAUACCUGAAGCAGGAGAUCAGCUCCCUCAAGGAUGAACUCCAGACAGCCUUGCGGGAUAAGAAAUAUGCUAGUGACAAGUACAAAGACAUCUAUACAGAGCUCAGCAUUGCAAAGGCCAAAGCUGACUGUGAUAUCAGCAGGUUGAAAGAGCAGCUGAAAGCAGCCACAGAGGCCCUGGGCGAGAAAUCUCCUGAAGGCACUACUGUAUCAGGAUACGACAUAAUGAAAUCUAAAAGCAAUCCUGACUUCCUGAAAAAAGACAGAUCCUGUGUUACCCGGCAACUCAGGAACAUCAGGUCUAAGAGUCUGAAGGAAGGCCUGACGGUGCAGGAACGCUUGAAGCUCUUUGAAUCCAGGGACUUGAAGAAAGACUAACUGCAUCCUGUCCCACCUGACACAUCCUUCCAGUUGGUGGCAGCACAAGCCCAGUGUGGCUUUCAUUUCAUCUGUGCUUUUCACUGUUGCCAUCAUUAACUGUGGGUAUGGAUGCAUGAGAGACUGCUGUGUGGGGUAAUUUGCUCCAUCCCUUCCCUGUUGAUUCCAGCUUAUUGUCUGUAUCACAGCUUUUCCCAUGGUAUUCUCGGAUUAGUCACACUCAAGUAGCAGUGGGGAGGGCUCCCCACUGACAUCUGAGCAGGACCCCUGUCCUCCACCACACUCACUGUCAGUAUUAAGGCACAGCAGCCUGUUAAUAAGCUAGCCUGCCUCAGAUUACACAUGUGGGGACCUGCCAUUGGCUCUGCUCUACCACACACAGCUGAGCACCACCCCUGCUGGUUAGAGCAGAACUGCUGAAUGUUCUAGUCUGGCCUGGUUGUGGAGGGGCCUUGGAUAGUGUCCAGCCUGCCCCCCAUUUCCUUUCAACCUGAGAGGACAGCAUUUUGUAUUUGGCCCACUGAUGCAGCUUAUAACCAUAUCCCAGAUAAUCCUGGCAAAUCUUUCACAACCUGGAAAAUGUUGAAAGCAACCAAUCCUAUUUUGGUUUUUUAUUAAAUCUUGCACAAAAGCCCCGGCCCCUCUCAUUCCUUCCUCCGCUCGUGCCUCCCUUGCUAUGAUAACCCUGGUCUAUUGGUGGCUAGGAAUGGUGACCUGCAGCCUGCACCUUCAGGCUUGUCAAGUAUGAUGAUCCUUCCCCAGGCCAUCUAGAGGAGAGAAACUGCUGGGUUUUAACCUGUCUGAAAAGAAGUUGUCAAUGUUGCAUGGGGAAGGGAUGAGAGGAGACCUGUUGUCAGGGCAACAUGCUUGUGCUCAGGACUCCAGUCUGAGCUCUGGGAGGUUCCCUUGAGGUGUCUGCUUCUCAUGGAGCCAUUACAGGGAGCCUGUGCUAACAAGUUUGCUUUUCUAGCUAGCUGAACAGGACCUUUCAGACUACCCAAAGCAUUCUAUGUUGUUUCCUUAAAAUUUCUGUUCUCAUUUAAAAAAAGAUCAUACUAUAAGAUGCAGCACACAAAAGAGCCCCAUGUCAGAUCCCACUGUCCUCAGUCCCAAAUCCCUGGCUUGAGUUUCCAUUUUGUGUUGAGUGGGUCAGAUGGUCUCUGGGUACACAAGUUCAACUCAUGUAUGAAUCCCUUCCGUCAGUUCUACAGGAGUUGAUGUUCAAGGCCAUCCAGUGUCCAGCUGGCCUUGAAGUAGACAGGCAAAACCCCAAGAUACCUGCUUUAUGACAUAUCCAAGUGCACUGCUGGCCAACAGACAAGCCCUGGGUACAUCCCCUUUGCACAGAUUUUUAAGUUCCUCAUUGGCACAUGCUGCUCAGUUAUCAUUUAUGUUUGCAGCAUUGGGCAAGUCAGAUCAGUUGAAAACAAGUUGCUGCUGAAACAGUGUUUUGAGCUCAGAGUGGUCCACACAGUAGUAUGUGCGUGGCUGGGAUUCAGGAGCUAUAGUUUUGUGUUGAGGACCACUGUUCUCUCUGGUGUGGUUCCUUUACAAUGUCCUGCUGCCCUUGGGACUCUGUGGCCCCAGUGAAAUCAUCUUCCUGCCGUGCCACAGAGCCUUCUGAAGAUGACAAGCCUACACAGGUCAAAGAACCUCAGAACUCUUGGACAUGACCUUUGCUAAACACAGUACCUUUGAGUCAGAGACAAGGGUUGGGAGAUAAGCUGUACCUAUCUCAUCUGCCACUCACGCUCCCACUGAAGGCUCACUUUUGCCACGAUACAGUUAACUUUGCUCUAGGGCUGAUUUCAUGUAUAGGUGUUUGGUGUAUUGACCAGAUACUGAACUGACAGUACAAGGAUGCCUGGAUCAUCUCCCACUCUCCAAGCCACUCUGAGCAGUAAUGUGAAUCAGGGUGUAUCUUGAGUUUCUUGGCAGUGACUUCUGGCAGAAGUGAACCAGGAAAGAAGCUGGUCUUCUGUGUCCCUGGUGGCCAUGCAGGCCCACUGCAGCAUUUUAUUUGGCCUGCUGCUGUCCUCUGUCAGUUCCCUUCCCCCAGACUGUGCCAGGAUCACUUUUGCCUGACCUCCUUAACAGGCAUCCCAUUCCCUGGAAAGAAGCUGAAGGUGGUGUAUUCCAGAGAGGAGGCAUCAAAUGUACAAGUAGAGUUGGUCCGGACAUUAGUAGAAGACGAUGCUUGCUGAGUUUGGAGUAGUGUAGCUCAAGAAGCCUCAAAGCUACUCCCAGCCCAAACAUCAGUGGCAUGCUUUCUCCGUUUCAUGUUGGGAGCAGCAUUAAAAUUUAUUCCAGAAUUUUAUUUUCUUGUAAAUAUACAUAUGUAAUCUGCCAGCAUCUGCAAGCAAACUGCCAUUACAGGGAACCUACCUGACAUCAUUAGACAACCAAUGUGAGCACAUGCUUAAAUUACAUCCUGCACAUGUGUGGUGCCCAGCAGCUGAGCAGAGAGCAUGUUUGUCACACGGGGCUGCAGAUUUUCCAGUGUGGUUGUGUCCACAGAGCCAGGGCCAUAAUGGGAAGCCCAUUGUUUCAGGCAUACCAGAAGAGGUCAGGACCUCAUGAAGUAGGGAAAUCCAGAAGGAAGAAGGCUGAGAAUGUGUAAAUUCACUGAGAGAAAGCUAAAGUCAGAGUUGACCCUCUACAGGAUCCAUCAGAACAGUACUGAACUGUAUGUAGUGGUGUAUGUCUGUACUCUUGCACUAAGGGCUCCAAGUUCCAGGUCAGUCUGGACUAUGUAACAAGGUUCUGACUCAAAAUACAGAUGGGUUAAGGGUAUGUACAGCUUAAUAAUCAUAGAACCACCUACCUAGCCUAGGGUUCAACUAUAGCAUUACAAAAAACAUACUUGUGAACUUCAGAACAUAUGUCAAAAAGGAGCCUGAGAGAUUUAACUAGGAGAAAACUGGUGUGAAAGAUGUUUGAUGGGAUGUAUACUACUGUUAACUUCCCUACAAAGGGUGCACUGACUUCUACCCUGGAACUAUAGAGAACUCCUCAUUGCUGGCACUUAUCUGGUGCUGAGGAAAGUGGCUGGAUACUGCAUAGCCUGCACUGUUUGUGUGAACCUGCAGGCCUGUCCCACACACCAAGUGGUCUUUCUUCUGACCUCCAACCAUACCCUGGCUCCCAAAAACAGGCUGGAUUAAGCACACAGAGGUCCCAUGCAUCCUGACAUCAGGGAGAACUCUGGAGUUUCCCACUCCUGCCUCCAUGUAUGUAUCCAAUGCAAACUGCACACCAAAGUUGGCUGGCAGCUACAGGCAGACUCAGCCCCCAAAUGCACAAGCAUACCCAGUCCCCACUCUGCUGGUGGAGGGGACAGUUUCCUUCCAGCUGACUGGCCUACACCUUGCAAAGCACUAUAGACUACCAGUGCAGGGAUGUAUACAGCCUUUCCCAAGGGAGCACUCAGCCUUUCCUAUAUAUCAGCAAUUAACAUUAAGUAUUUCUGAGACAUGAUACAGAGAUUUCAGUGCCACUUUUUUUUUUAAAAAAAAAAACAUCUUGUCUAGACAUCCCUUUAGGGGGUGUAUAGGGCAGUGUUGGAUUCAGUGCAAACCCCACUCAGACAUCAGAAGACCAUGAGUUAGUGAGCUAUGGUAGCUCACACAUUCAAUCCAGCACUUGGGAGGCAAAGACAAGCUAAGUUUAAGGCCAGCCUGGUCUACAUAAUGAGUUCCAGAAGAGUCAGGGCUACACAAUGAAACCCUAUCUAAAAAUAACCCAAACAACAAAAAAGAAUGAGUUAUUAACUAGUCUUUUUAAGGGCUUUGCAGAGAAUACCUGACCCACACUUGUAGCAAGCCCUUAGCAGUGCCCUGGUUUUUACCCAAAGUUCUCAGAGACUCCGGUAGUGUCACUCAAGAAAAAACAGGACUACCUGAGGCACUUUUGGCACCCAGCCUUCAUGUUUCUUAGUGUUUUUGUUAGGGGAACUGGCUGGGGUCGUAAGUCUGGGUGCCUAGCUUCUGAUAGAAGUGCAGGGCUGGGCUGUGCAGGAGCAGCCUGGCCAUCAGUCUCUAUCUAGCUGCCUGACUGUGUGUGUGUGUGUGUNUGUGUGUGUGUGUGUGUGUGUGUGUGUGUGUGUGAGAGAGAGAGAGAGAGAGAGAGAGAGAGAGAGAGAGAGAGAGAGAGAGAGCGCGAGCGAGCUGGAGUCCAGGAAGCUCCUGGUUAUAUUUCUGUGACACUGGUAAGGAGCAAGCCCCAUCAGUAGAGAGUUUAAAAACUGGACAGCUCAGAACUGAAGGACUUCAGGGCCUCUCCAAUUUCUGUGGGUCACAGGUGGGCCUGGCACAGCUUCCAUGGCCACCAUCAUUUGCUGUAAGACGUGCAAUUAUAAGAAUCCAAGCUGAAUCCCACUCCAGCUUGCCAGUCAACAUGCCCUUGGCUCAUUUCUGCUUUAGAAGUUAGUCGUACCACACAUCUAAUUUUAUUUUAGCUAGGAAUAGAUCGUAAAGAACACUAAACUCAGUAUUAGUUUCUAUCACAAACUUCAAUUUAAAUCACUGUAAGCUUUACCUUUGGUUUUAAUACCAGGAUUCAAAACCAGUUCUGUGGUACUUAACCAGUGUGGCUUUCUGUAGGUGUGCUGUGUACAAUAUAUUGUAAGUAUCACAGUCACAGUGGCUCCUUGACAAUCAGAACUUUAGGUGACCUCCCACUACAGCUGCUUGAUUGGGGCUGAGGUACAUGUCUGUGUACAGAGCACCACACAGGGCCACUUGGCGGCAAUCACAGGCUUGUGCCAUCUCACCUGGUAUUGAAUUUCUGUUCUGAUACAAUUUGGUCGCCAGACUAAAUAUUAUAUGUAGAAGAAAAUGGAGCCUCACUGAGCCAGGGAGGCUGUGAGCACAGCUGUUCAGAACCAGUUUAGGCGUCAGUGUAUGUGCACAGGGUGUGGCCUUCCUCCAGAUAAAGUAUCCCCUAACUCAAAGUUCUUACGGUCCAGUGUGAGGUGUUCACUACAACUGAAAUGUUAAUUUGUAGAAAUAUUUAUUCCUUUGUGUGACAAGCUAGAGUCCGUGGCUGUAGCUAACCAUUUUUAUUGUGUAAAUACUGCUUGAUUUUACAUGAACUGUAUCAUAAUAAACUAUUUUUGCAUUGCC